GUUUCUGUAGCGGUUGAUUUGUUUUCCGGGGUAGGGUUGCUAGCCCUAUGCCCAACCUUCCCUCUUUACCUGGGCUCAGGAGGUUAGUGAUAAAUAAACAAGAAACCUCCUCUGUGAAAUUCAUGGGACGGCAGUAUUGGUUUUUUUUUUCUAGAUAAUUGAUAAUCAGCUGGAGACUUUUAUUUCGAAUAGAAAACCAAGUUAUAUUUUUACACACCAAUUGGAAAUACUGCAUUGUAAAACUACAGUUAUUCGUAUUUUGUUCAACUAAACUGCCGAAUACUUUCGAUUAUCAUAUCUUUCAUUUGAUGGUUCGUUACUUCCAGAUUUGACAGUUAGUAAAUGACACAGAUUGCACAAUCAGUAUUUUAAACUGAAGCACAGUUAUGAACUCAAAAGAAAAUGAUGAUGUUUUUAGGGAUGCAAUAUCUACAUCCGAUAUAGAAAAAGUGAAGUUGCUUCUGUCAGUUGAUAAGUCCCUGAUUAACUCUCAGGACAAAGAGGGCUUGUCCCCACUUCAGUUUGCUUGUUUUCGAGGAGCUCUACCAGUUGUUGAGUUUCUUUUAAAAUGUGGUGCAAAUGUUAAUUCUACCUCUCACAAACAGGGUUAUACUGCUUUAAUGUUUGCUGCUCUUUCAGGAAAUACUGAAGUUGUCGAACUACUUCUACACCAUGGAGCUCGAGUGAACGAUGUAAAUUCAAUUGGAAGGACAGCUUCUCAAAUGGCAGCGUUUGUGGGAAAUCAUAACGUUGUUACGCUCAUUAAUAACUAUAUGGAAAGAGAAGAAAUAAGCAUUUACACUUCGAAGCACAACUUACCAUGUGAAUACGUACCUAUGCUUCACCGACUAAUUUUGCAGCUGAACAUUUCACCUGUUAAGGUGUUCCUACUGUUCAAUGACGAAAAUGAUAUCCAUCAUCAAGCGGAAGAAAAUAAUAUGCUAGCACACUGGCGUUUCAUCCGUACCAUUUUUGAAGAUUUGUGCAACAAGUACUUUACACCUCAUUUAACGCACGAACCACUAGCAUUGAAACUUCAUUUGUUAGCUUGUUGUGUACGCCAAGCUGGAGAACACUAUGAUAAAGGGUUAAAAUCUGCAGCUAAUCAAGACCGCACAUCACCACCACUGAAGCAGUUGAUCAAGAAGUUCUUGACUGGUACGGAUCCUUAUGGCUUACCAGCAGGUCAAGAGCAGUUUUUGCGUCAAUCCGUGACUUCAUUCCCUCAUCAUCAGUCCACUUUAUGGAGACAUGUUGUUCAACAAAUAUCCCCACUAGUCGUUGGUGGUAUCCCAACAGCGUUUUCCAUUCUCACUAAAGCAGUCAAUGGUUCCAUUAUGUAUAACGCUCGUCCUUUUGAACUUUGUGCAACUUGUGGAGAUGGCCCUGAGCUUGGAAAACCAGAAAAAUUAAGAACGUGUCAACAGUGCAAAAUUAUUUCUUACUGUUCAGUUUCCUGUCAGCGUCUACAUUGGUUCACACAUAAGAAAUAUUGUCCCAUCCUAAAAGAACACAAAAAUGAAUUUGAAGUGACGAAGUAAGAGAAGUCGAAGGGGAAGAAAGAAACGUAUAGUUAGCUGUGAUAUGUUUGUUAACUGAACGUUAGGUUCUUGUUGCAUUUUGUACUACAUCGUAGGUUCAUUUUUGAUGCUUAUUAUAAAACAUUGUUACAAAUAAAUAUGUUCAAAUACAA